AUUGCAGAAUCAAGAAUGGGGAGCAAGAAGAAGAGGAAGAGAGGGGAGGAGAGAGCAACAAUUCACCCCCGAAACAAGUACGCCAAUAAUCCGCCGGACUUCAAACUCUUGGCCUCUCUUUACCCAUCUUUCGAACCUUUCGUAUUCUACUCUUCCAAUGGUCGUCCCAAAAUCGAUUGGACCGACUUCAAUGCCACCAGAGAGCUUACUAGGGUUUUACUUCUCCAUGAUCAUAGCCUCAAUUGGUGGAUUCCUGAUGGACAGCUCUGCCCAACAGUGCCCAACAGAUCUAAUUACAUUCAUUGGAUUGAAGAUCUUUUAUCAUCCAAUUUCAUUGCAGAAACUUGCGCUGGUGGUGUUGUGAGGGGUUUUGAUAUUGGAACUGGAGCCAACUGCAUUUACCCACUUCUUGGUGCAUCUCUUCUGGGUUGGAGCUUUGUUGGCUCAGAUGUGACAAAUGUAGCACUAGAGUGGGCAGAGAGAAAUGUUAAAAAUAAUCCACACAUAUCUGAACUGAUUGAAAUUAGAAAGGUUGGAAAUGCUGAGGAGAAACACGAUUGCCAGUCAGUCAACGGGGAAAGUAGUAUUGAUGCUGACCCUGGGCCUUCCUCCUCAUCUUCACUUGAAUUGCUUUCAGGUGUGAAUAUGAGUUAUAAUGGACCACCAGUACUUCUUGGUGUUGUCAAGGACGGUGAGAAAUUUGACUUCUGUAUGUGUAAUCCGCCAUUCUUUGAGACAAUGGAGGAAGCAGGAUUGAAUCCAAAUACUUCUUGUGGUGGAACCCCUGAGGAGAUGGUUUGUUUUGGUGGAGAACAGGCUUUUAUCAGUCAUAUUAUUGAAGAUAGUGUUCAAUUGAACCAAUCUUUCCGGUGGUACACUUCGAUGGUUGGAAGGAAAUCAAAUCUGAAGCUUCUGGUGUCUAAACUUUGGAAGGUCGGAGUGACAGUAGUAAAGACAACUGAAUUUGUCCAAGGCCAAACAUGUCGAUGGGGACUUGCUUGGUCUUUUGUGCCUCCCGCCAGGAGGAUAAUAUCAUCUCAUGUGGCUGAGAAGAAUGUCCUGUCUUUCAUGCUUGAGGGUCUUCAUCGCCAAUACAGUCCCAUGCUGGUGUUGCAAUCAGUGGAGUCUUUUUUCUGUACUAGUGGUGCCUCCUGUAAACUAAAUGCCUCCUUAUUUACAGUUGAUGUUACUGCAUCAAAUAAUCAGUGUGAUGCUAUCCUGAAGAACUUGGUUCAAAAUACUGAUGAAGCUGCAAGUUGUCAAUCUGAAUCGAAAACAUCCGGUGGUUCAAAUUGUCCACAAACUCCAACCAAUGACCUUUGCUUCCGCAUUUCGGUCUUUCAGCAAAUGCCUGGUACACUUUUGGUUAGAGGAUCAUUGUGCCUCAAAGAAAGGGCAGUUGCAGGGGCAUUUUCACCGAUUUUCCAACAAUUAGAGGAAUUUUUGAAAAAUAAAUUCUGUCAGAGAAAGCAUUGAUAGGUUGUUCCUCCUCAAACCCAGGAAGAUAUAAAAUAUUCAUUAACACCUAGUUAUAAACCAGGCACAGAAACAGCAGCGGAAGAUGUUAGAUUGCAACUUGUGGUAUUAGAGCAAAAACUGUAUAUCAUGCAUCAUUUGGCACGAGGCUCGUGCACUGGCUUUGCCCUUCUUAUAGAAAACUCUUAUUAAAAUACUUUUUGGUUGUCUACUUGAUUUCUUCCUUUUCGGGCCUGAUCUUAAGUUUGAUCGGUUUCUCUCACCAAGUGUGCAGUUGUUGAAUGCUUCUAAAGUAAGGGAUAUGCUUGUAAAGGUUAUGGCAAGAGAAAUGUAAUGCUCAAAACUUCCUUGUCAUUUAUUGCUGGUGUAUGGGCUGAGGAAGGAAGUUACUCAAAUAGAACUUCUGAAUUUCUCGAUUUGUUAGGAUGAAGGGAAUUUUUUAUGUGCACCUGGUAAUUGUUUUCUACGAGCAACUAUACUUGUUUCUGUUGUAUGAUCAUAUGCAAUUUUUGGUUAAUACACCAUGAUUUUAUAUU